UUAUCCACGCUGUAGCACAGCAACAAAACAUAAAGCCACUGUUGACCGAGGAUACGCACGGAUCUCUCGAGCUCCGCGUUUUGUCAAAGUGAAUUUGCAUGUUCUACAUUGAAAUAUGGGGGUUUUCGACAAGGCGGCGUCAGCGUUUCUUUCAGUGGUACACGUGCUUUCAUUGCUCAGGCCUGGCGGUAAAAGACAGAGCGGCGAGACAAAACUCAGCGUAACUGUCCAUGAGGGCAAAGUUGGUCGACAGAGUCAGGGCAAGUAUCUGGUAACAAUGCGCCAUGGCAAGGUAAAGAUACAAACCGCAAAGAAAAAGUCCGAUGCGCUGAUCUGGGAGCAUUCUACGGAGUUCGUGCCAUGGUCGCCAACAGGCCUACUGGUUCUGAAACUUCGUAAGGCGAAGCGCUGCAAAGACACCACAGUUGGUCAGCUCUCCAUCGAUGUUGCAGCCGCACUAGAGUCAGCGGACGGUUUACCACAGAAGUGGUGGUACAUCAUGGACCGACCCAGCAAAGGCGGGCGGAGGAAUGAGGAAGUGUUCUUACAAGUUUCCGUUAAUCUCGACGGCACGGAAGUGAAAAGUCAACCUAUACAGAACCAAGUCCCAGCCAAGUCUCCCGAGUGGACGGUUGAGGUAUCCGUACAAAGGAAGCUGGAGACUCUGUCGGAGCUGCAAAAUCACCAGGACCAGGUCGUUGCAGUUUCCCAGGAAACACAAACGGACACACACACAGACACUAAAGACAACGAACCACCAUCCGUCGCCAGCGACAUGGCAGCCGUCAAACAAGACUCUUCAGACACAGCCUCAACUUCAGACACAGCCUCAACUGUGGACACAGCGGACACGUUUGCUGUUAACGAAGACAGGGACGUCCCUCCAAACGACGCACACUGUUCCUCUGGUAACACGGACGUGACGCCCGGUGAUGCUGACGGUCCAGAGAGGGAGAGGGAGCUGCCAAAGGGUGAAGCCAAAGAGGGGUCCGUAGAGUCGUCCGCGCAAGAGAAGACGGAGGCUCUGUCGGAGAUGCAGAAUCACCAGGACCAGGCUGUUGCAGUUUCCCAGGAAACACAAGCGAACACGCCACCAGACAACAGCGCGAAGGACAGCAGACCACCUUCCGUCGCUGGCGGCAUCGCAGGCGUCAAAGAAGACGCUUCAGAGACAGCCUCAACUUCAGACACAGCGGACGAGUUUGCUGCAAACGAAGACAGGGAGGUCAACGCGCAAGAGAGUGAGCUACCAAAGGGUCAAGACCCAGUGAAGACUUCCGAAGGUUCAGUCAAGACGGAGCUGCAAGAGAAACCAGAGCUGGAGAAUGACAAGAUCAAUGUUUCUCAGGAAAAAGAGCCCGACGGACCACCGGACAACAGCGGCAAGGACAGCUCACCACCUGCCGCUACCGGCGACGCCGCAGACGUCAAAGUAGCGUCUUCAACAAGCUCGGCAUCCGGCCUACCAGCCACAGCUCCAGAUACAGCAGACAAACGCCCUGCUGCCGGAUAUGGAGAUGUCCCAGAGUGUCAUCCUUCAGUUGUCCAUGGAGAACAGACGGAAGCAUCCGACAACAGCGGCGCUGGUAUAGAUAGUCAGACGACAACGUCUACUGAAGGAGGAGUGUCGCUCACAACAACCACCCUAUCGCCCAAACACAAGGACGCAGAAGAUCCUCAGUACGAAGUGGCCAUGUCGUCAGUCGACAAGCUGUGGGCAGAGCUCCGUCUUGAGAGAGACUAUGCGGAAAAGCUUCUCGCUCAUGCCGACUCCCUUCGAUCCAGACUCGCCACUGCCGCCCCGCAUGUUCUCCGGUACCCAGUUAUCAAGAACAUUAUCGCUGCCGUGCCCGAUCGCACAUCUUACAAGUUACCCGACACACAAGGACUAAGUUUGGAGGAGCUGCGUGGCAUCCAGAAGACCCUCACCAAGUCGGUACAAGAUGAGAAGGAACACGCGACCUACAUCAAGCGCUGGUACUGGGAAGAACUGGUCCGCGUGGCUCUGAAAGAGGCACCUGGAGUAUUUGGACCAGAGGACUGAUAUGACAAUCUUAUACUACAGUUGUAGUAUUCAUUUUCUGCAUGUUAAAUGCAUCAUUGGGGUUUGAACAUCUAAAAACAGUAUCAGUCAGUCAAUAAGCACAGCGUUUAGUCACCAGGAAGGUCCGUUUUAACCUUCAGCUGACCUGAUACUUAUUUGAUGCCAAAAACUCUUAAACGCUGUUAAUGUUUCUCAACAAAAGUUCGACACUGGGUUAUGCAGUAUUCGCACUGACGUUAGUUCCUCAAUUCAAGUUUCCAUCAUUGGAUAUUAAGUUAACGUGUAAGAGAAGCUUUACCCACGCGCAAACAGAUAUAAACACCAUACGCAUCGUAUACAUUUCGACCAUACCCCAUUUUUAGUUCAUCGAGUUUUAGUUUUAGAUUUAUCAUCCCUACAUGUGGUUGCUGUUAGCUUCUUUUUGCCUCAAAGUCAAAGUCAUUUACACAAACCACUGCAGAAAGAAAAGCGGCCUCAUCGUUAAAAUCAGUACAUUCUACCAAAGCGCCAGUUUUCAUGAGAUUGUAUCAACAUGGGCAGGAAAAUGUGCAUAUCAAACAUUAUUCCUCGUAGACUAGAUCACGGAUACCUACAAUUUAUUUACCAUUAAAAAAAAGCAACAAAACUGCUCAAAUUUCAGGUCCAUAAAAAGUGCAAGAUGUAGAAGACUGAAACUAUGUAUAAGGCCUGCCUCCCUGCCUAGGUUAGGGACUGGACCCUUGCUCCUCUUAAGGGUAAGGUUCAUCUAUCAUGUCUAUAUUGCAUUGUCCUGAGUCAUAGCUUCACCUGCCUUUAGAUUUAAUCCAGUACAUUUUACGAUUUGGUUUUUCCAACGCUUAGCAGGUCUUAGAUUUUUAGACUUUGGGGACCAAUGUAUGUGGUGGUCACUUGA